AUGUACAAGACUUCAGCUGGAGCUGUGAAAGUUCAUCACCCUGUCUACCUGAACUCACUUGGCUGGGAUGACAUCAGACCUGCUGUCGCAAGUGCUCUGCAUAAGGCGACGGAGGAAACAGUUGAGACAAUCCCCUCUCAUGAGUGGUUGCUUCGUGUCCGGCGGGAUGUUGAGACAGCUGGAAGUGGACGUGAUAAGGCUAUUGGAGAGAAUGAGCUUCAAGAGCUUUUGGCUAAGAACCCGGCGGCUAAGCUGUUGGAGUUCUUUGGCCAAAUCAUGCGCGAAGCUACGAGUGAGAUUGAAGCUUGGAAUGUGCUCGAUACUCAACUUACUGCACAGCGAUCUGAGAAACUUCAGGCUGUCAGUGCAGUUCAGUCGGAGUGGACUGACAAGUGGAUUCGCGAGUGGCUGCAGUAG